AUGUCUCAUGUAGAUAGGUGUGAAGCUGUUCAAAAAGCUUACAUUUUAUUGGGUCCUUGUCAACCUAAGCUUAAAAGCUAUAAACUCUCACAACAUGGGAAGCAAAAGUGGGCAUUCAAGUAUGAGUGCUUUGAAGAAAAUGCUCAAUAUCAUGCAUUUACUGUUGAUGGGCAGAGAACUUGGAAGAGUAAGAAUAUCCUUAAACAACAUGUUAGCUCUAUAAAUGAUCCACAUCAUGAAGCCAUGGAGAAGUGGCACUCAUUGAGAAAUUUGGCUACACAACUUGAGAGAGUUUUUGUUAAACAAACAAAAAAAGAGGUGGAGCAUAAUCGCUAUAAGUUGAAGGCUACAAUUGAGAGUUUGAGAUUAUUAGCAAACAAGGGACAAGCUUUUAGAGGCCAUAACGAAUCUGAAGGCUCUCUUAAUGCUGGAAAUUUUCAGCAAGUUAGAAAGUCUUAUGGAAGAAUGGCUACUGAUGAUCAUAGAGCUAUAUUGGAGAGUGGUCAUGGAAAUGCCAAGUACACCCCUCCACUUAUUCAAAAGCAGCUCUUGAAUUUUCUAGGCAAUAGAGUGAGGCAAAAGAUUCGUGAAGAAGUUGAGAUAGUCAAAGUUCUUGGUAUGUUCAAUUUGCAAGUGGAAAAUAUAUGUGGUCAAGGAUAUGACGGAGUUAGCAACAUGAGUGGCAUUUGGAAUGGUUUACAAGCUUUGUUUCUUGAAGAUUGUAUGUAUGCAUAUUAUAUCCAUUGUUUUGCUCACCGUUUGCAGCUAGCAUUAAAUGGGGCAGCAAAAUGUUGUCAUGAUACUUGUCACUUCUUUUCUACUCUUGUUAUGAUUGUGAAUUUCGUUGAUUCCUCUGCUAAGCGCAAGGGUGAGUUAAAAUAUGUUCAAGAAGACGAAAUCCAAGAUUUAAUUGCUCUUGGUACCCUUCAAACAGAGAUGAGAGAUGAUGGUUGGAAUGAUUUUGUGGCAGCCCUUACUACUUUCUGUGAGACACAUAUCAUCGAUAUGCCUGAUAUGAGUGCUCUUUACUUGGAUGGCACCGGUCGUCCAUGUCAACAAAAGAGUUUUAUUACCAUUGAGCACCACUUUUGCAUAGAGGUAUUUAACGUUGUACUUGAUUUUCAAUUGAGUGAGCUAAAUAAGAGGUUCAAUGAGAGAUCUUAUGAACUCCUUAUGCUCACUUCAAAUUUGGAUCCUCAUAAUAAGUUCAGCCUCUUUGAAUCUGAAAAAGAUGACUUUCUUACUCUAGAAUUGGAAUGUGCUUACUAUAAGAAACAUAUAAUUGAGGAUGUGGCAUUUCACAACUUAGAUUCUAUAUCUGAUCUAUGUCGGAAACUUGUUCAAACAAGAAAGUUAGAGUUUUUCCCAAUGAUCUUUAGGUUGAUUUGUUUAGUAUUGACUCUUCAUGUAUCCACUGCAACUACAGAGAGAGCUUUUUCAUCUAUGAACAUAAUAAAGAACAAACUCAGAAACAAGAUAGAAGACGACUUUCUUGAUGAUUGUACGGUGUUUCACAUUGAGAAUGAAUUUGCUGAAGCGGUUGAUAAUGAGGCGGUGAUUAAAGAUUUUGAAAAUUUGGGUCCUCGUAGAGUAAAAUUUAGUUAG